UUGCUGGCGCAAUGCAACACUGAAUUAACUUAGCACGACCAGCCAGUCAGCCAUUCUCUAACGUCAGACAGCAGCAGCAGUUCCGAUGCCUUGUCGUAGUAUGCGUUGAAAUUAGUGUAUGGAAGCAGUUGAUGAAGUGAAACGUCUGUGCGAGUGAAUCUCUUUCGUAUCGAUUUAGUGUCAAAAGUAAAGAAAACAAGGGGAAAUCGAAUUUAAAAUUAUACAAAAUAUUUAAAAUGUACGAUCCCAGAAACUAUUUUCCAAAAAACUACCAUUCCACUGGAAUUGGUUUAGUGAAUUUAGCCGCACUUGGCUAUAAUAAAAAUGAACAAAGUGCUAGUGAAACACCAAAAACGGGUCUAUAUCCGGCGCUGCCAUAUCCAACUGCACCGCCAGAUCCAAACGCAGUACGCUUAAGCUAUGGCAUGCCAACACCACCAACGCAAAUGCCUGGAAUUCAAAGUUCAGCACCAUAUCCACCAUCAUCUGCUGUGCCAUAUCCCCCACGACAAUCGCUGUAUCCGACCUUGGGACCGCAACCUUCACAAAAUGUGCCUUACCCGACUGGCAUGCCACAACCGUAUGCACCAUACCCAACGGCGCCAUAUCCAACUGCGUAUCCAUCGGCGGCGGCGCCAGCGCUGCCCUAUCCAAUGAUGCCAACUGGCAUGCCAUUGCCUUACAGUGUGCCACCACCUACAUCACCUUCCAGUCUCUAUCCGACGAUACCUACACUACCAGAUGGUGCAAUGCCAACAUAUGGUGGUGGUGGUGGUUGUAUUGUAAGUGAAUCAGCGAAUGAGAAACUACCAUCACCAGAUGAGGAGCCCUCUGUAGGUGUACCGGAGAUACCCUUCUCCGCUGUAAAAGUACCUGAAAGCGAGAAUAUGUUCUGGAUGAAAGAGAAGACAAGUGAAUUGCGCGGACGAGAUGAUUCACAUGUGCCAUAUGAUACGCUACGUAGCAGUUGCUUAGACAAUGGCACAUUUUUUGAAGAUCCAGAUUUUCCAGCGAAUAAUGACUCACUUAUGUUUUCACGCCGCCCUGAUCGUUACAUUGAAUGGCUGCGUCCGCACGAAAUUGCCGAUGAUCCACAGUUCUUUGUUGAUGGUUACUCGCGUUUCGAUGUGCAACAAGGUGAAUUGGGCGACUGUUGGCUGCUGGCAGCUGCAGCGAAUUUGACCUCGGAUCCAAACUUGUUCUUCCGUGUGGUGCCGCCAGAUCAAAGCUUUGAAGAAAACUACGCUGGUAUAUUCCAUUUUUGCUUCUGGCAGUAUGGAAAAUGGGUGGAAGUGGUGGUUGAUGAUCGAUUGCCAACAUACCGUGGAGAACUGAUAUAUAUGCACUCCACAGAGCGCAAUGAAUUCUGGAGCGCUUUAUUAGAAAAAGCUUAUGCUAAAUUACAUGGUUCCUAUGAGGCGCUUAAAGGCGGUACCACAUGCGAAGCUAUGGAAGAUUUCACCGGUGGCGUUACUGAAUGGUAUGAUUUGAAGGAGGCGCCACCAAAUCUAUUCAACAUACUCAUUAAAGCCAUGAAUCGCAACUCUUUGAUGGGUUGCUCAUUGGAACCAGAUCCAAAUGUAUUUGAGGCAGAAACUCCACAAGGACUUAUACGUGGUCAUGCCUAUUCAAUAUCCCGGGUGUGCAUGAUCGAUAUACAUACCCCAAACCGUCAAGGUAAAUUGCCGAUGAUACGUAUGCGCAAUCCGUGGGGAAAUGAUGCCGAAUGGAAUGGACCUUUCAGUGAUAACUCUGCAGAAUGGCGUUACAUACCUGAUUCACAGAAAGAAGAGUUGGGACUCACUUUCGACGCAGACGGCGAAUUUUGGAUGCCUUUCCAAGAGUUUCUUAAUAAUUUCGAUCGCGUAGAGAUUUGUAAUUUGUCACCGGACUCGUUGACCGAAGAGCAGGAAGAUAGUGGCAAGAGAAAAUGGGAAAUGAAAAUGUUUGAAGGUGAAUGGGCAGCUGGUGUUACAGCUGGCGGUUGCCGCAAUUUUCUAGAAACUUUCUGGCAUAACCCGCAAUAUGUGAUCACACUGACCGAUCCUGAUGAAGAUGACGAUGAUGGCAAAUGUACAGUCAUUGUUGCAUUGAUGCAGAAAAAUCGCCGUUCAAAACGCAAUCGUGGUAUGGAAUGUCUAACAAUCGGUUUUGCGAUUUAUCACUUAACCGAUCGCGACAUGGAGACACGGCCACAGGGUCUAAAUUUCUUCAAAUAUCGCGCUUCUGUGGCACGUUCACCACAUUUCAUUAAUACACGCGAAGUAUGUGCGCGCUUUAAAUUGCCGCCUGGCAAUUAUCUAAUUGUGCCCUCGACCUUUGAUCCCAACGAAGAGGGUGAAUACAUUAUACGUGUGUUCUCCGAGACCGCAAACGUCAUGGAUGAGAACGAUGAUUCAGUGGGCUAUUGUGAGGUGGAUGAUCGUAUUAAACCAAAUAUACCGCCACCUAAAGAAGAGGAUCCACAACGUGAGAACUUACGUCGCCUCUUCAAGAGUAUUGCUGGCAGCGACAUGGAAGUGGAUUGGAUGGAACUUAAACGCAUACUCGAUCAUUCACUGCGAGACGUAAUGAUCGAUGGCAACACAUUUUCGAAAGACGCUUGCCGUUCAAUGGUUGCUAUGAUGGACAAAGACCAAUCGGGUAAUUUGGGUUUCGAAGAAUUUGAAUCGCUACUCACCGACAUUGCCAAAUGGAAAGCGGUAUUUAAAUUCUACGAUCGCGAUCACAAUGGUGAAAUAGAAAGUUUCCAAUUGCGUGACGCACUCAAUUCGGCUGGUUACCGCCUGAAUAAUCGAGUGUUGAAUGCGUUGGGACGUCGUUACACGUCACGCGAGGGGAAAAUCAGCUUUGAUGACUUUUUGAUGUGCGCCGUGAAGACAAAGACCUACAUCGAUAUAUUCCGCGAGCGCGACACGGAUGAAUUAAAUCGGGCGACAUUUAGUAUGGAUGAAUGGCUCGAACGCACCGCUUACUCAUAAGCUCGCUAAUAUAUGUAUGUAUAUCGGGCUUGCUGCCAAAUUGAAACCGGUGCCACUGCUGCUGUUACUAUUCUGCUUCAGCCGUUAUAGAAGCUAUGCCGGCUUACCGGUCGCAUACAAAUUGCAGUUAUAAACAGUGUUACCUACUUAUCUCUACAAAUGUCAUAAUUAUAUUAAUAUAGUAUAUAUAAAUAUAUAAUUUUUUGUAUUUCAUCAAUUAACACGAAAUAUGAAUAAUGAAAAGGAAAGGAAACGAAACAAGUCACGAAAAUGGAAUGGAACAAAAACAAGUAUUCAAUGCUUAUACAUACAAUUAUACACAAAUGUACAACACAUAUAAAACUAUCUACAAAGCGAGUGCAAAUUUUAAGACUUUAAGCAACAACUUCGAAGAUGAACGUUAGUAUAAUAAAUAAAACCAGUUUUCUUAUACAUACCUACACACUAUGUACUUAUACAUAUGACUACAAAAAUACAUAUGUAUGUAAUGAA